AGGUACUACUAAAACUUUCGAAUCAACGAGAGGGGUACUCCGAUCGGUUAGCAAGUACCAUUUCUUGGCGGCAUAUUACUCAUUCGAAGAACGGAUUUCAAGUUCAGUGUCUCGGAAGUGAAGUGAAGUGCUUUACUUGAGCUUAAAAAAUAUAUACGGUUAUUUCCGAUCCGUAUCUUCAUUUAAAGUGAUAUGGCUCCUAAUUUGUUAGGAAGUACUUCUUCGUUCAUGAUGGCAGAACCAACGUGUGCAGAACCAGUUCAGAUAAUAAGCACCAAAGAUAACAUCCACCAGAAUCAUCAAACGCACCAACAACCUACUAGACAGUCGACAAAAAGGAAACAACCUAAAUACAAAUGGGAUAUUGUAUGGAGAAAUGUUAUGGCUUUCUUACUUCUACAUACUGUGGGAGUGUACGGAUUUUAUUGUUUACUUCUUGGAAGAGUUAUGUGUAAAACGAUAAUGUUCAAUAUUCUGUUGGCUGUCUUCGCCGGUUUAGGAGUUACAGCUGGUGCUCAUAGACUUUGGGCGCACAGAACUUAUAAAGCAAAAUUACCAUUCAGAGUGCUACUCGUAUUUUUCCAAACAAUAGCUUUACAGAACGACAUCUACGAAUGGGUGAGGGACCAUCGGGUCCAUCAUAAAUUUACGGACACCGACGCCGACCCGCAUAACGCGAGUCGAGGUUUCUUCUUCUCGCAUAUAGGAUGGUUGAUGGUCAGAAAACAUAAAGAUGUUAUAGAAAAAGGGAAAACUGUAUAUAUGAGCGAUGUCGAAGCGGAUCCGGUGAUUAGAUUUCAGAGAAAGUACUACGUUCUGCUGGUUACUCUAUUAACUUUCUUAUUACCAGCUCACAUCCCAUGGUACUUCUGGGGUGAAAAUUACUUCUUGGCUUGGUACACGUGUAUAUUUAGAUACACUUUGUCCCUCAACUUUACUUGGUUGGUAAACAGUGCUGCUCAUAUUUGGGGAACUAAGCCUUACGACAAAUCUAUAAAUCCAACUGAAAACAAAUACGUAGCAAUAUUGGGAUUCGGUGAAGGCUGGCAUAACUACCACCACACUUUUCCGUGGGAUUACAAGGCAGCAGAACUUGGCGAUUACAAAAUGAAUUACACGACGGCGGUUUUGGAUUUCAUGGCUUACAUUGGUUUAGUGUACGAUCGCAAAACAGCGUCAGUCGAAAUGGUCAAAAAGAGAGUUGACCGCACUGGCGACGGAUCUUGGACUAAUGGAAAAGCAGAAGAAGAAUCGCGAGCAGAAGAUGGACAUCACCAUUCUUAUGAAGAUUGCGUCUGGGGUUGGGGAGAUAAAGAUAUGAAAGAAGAGGAGAUUAGAGACGUUAUUGAGUUUAAUAAUUUAAAAGAGGACUAAAUUUGUUUUAGUGUGAUUGUUGUUAUCAUUUUAUUUAAAUUUUGUACGGCGUGACUUUAAAAUUAAGAAGUAGUAUUUAAAGUUGUUUCAAUUGAAGUAUUUAUACAAAUUACAAAAUACAAAUUUUGUAGCAGCUCAUCUAAUUAUAAAUGAUACAAAUAAUUACAACUUUCAAAGUGUAAUUUUGAAGCUUUAUUCGUUGUUAUUGGUUGAAUACAUCAAAAA